AUGCUCAAUGAACAAAGUAUUGGUUGUUUAGGCAGCAUAAAUACGCCGGUAUUAUUGUGUGAUUCCAUGUUUAGAAGCAUUCCAGAUCUUGUUUUGGAUGGAGUCGGAAGAUUCAUGAGGGACUUUGAGAUCGGAGUUUACAACAGGUUUGAGGAGGAGGCAACUGCAAUCGAUGCCUACACGGUUGCAAAUGUACAUAAUUAUUUUUAG